UAUGACAGAAAGAGAAACUAAUGGAAGGAGAACUACUGAUUUUAAUAGAAUUAUUAGUAGAUACAGUGAAUAUUCCUACAAUACGAGCAAUCUACGAUGAAAUAUUGCCAGCAAAAACAUGCGUCUCAUUUCAAAUAUUGAACUUGCCCUCCAUCAAUAUUUAUCAAGAAACGCCAACAGAAGCUUGCGCCUGUACACAUAAUGGAUCGCAAGUCUUUAAAAAGGGCAAAUCAUGCUUAUUUGUUCUUUCAGACAAUGUCCUACAGAAACCAUUGUGCAACUUUCCCAUAACAAUGUCCGUUUACAAAGAACUACCGCCAGGGGUUUUGCCAGACGUAAUGCUAAUUGGCACUCAUCAAAUUCAACUUCACCGCCUUAUGAACUCCUUGCUAAGCAUGUAUCUCUCUCAGCACAGUAAUCCGUGCAGAACGAUGAAGAAUGCUUUUAAAAUUACCACAGCGACAGGACAACGUGUAGGCGAAGUCACAGUAUUCAUCCGUGCUUCGUGUUUCGGCAAGAAGAUCGUUACGCAAUUUCAGCUUCCUCGCAACAAGGAACCCUAUCUUUUCAAGGGCGUGGACGACAGUCCUGUCUAUCAAUGCAAGAGGAUCGUUUCCGCUUCAGAUAGACAACAGAUACAAUGCGUGUGCUCUCCCAAGUAUGGCGAUGGCAGCGGAGAAGCUACAAGAAUUCGUUAUCAUGUUAGUGCCGACGAACGUCGGCGAAAAAAACGGCUGGAGAAUAUUAAGAAAGAUAAAUGUCCUCCCUGUUGUCGCGGUACAAGAGAUAUCGUCAAGAGCAAGGAAACUGUUAGAAAAUGUGGCUGCAUCAUUAAAGACGAACGGACUUGUAAUUGUGUCCGGUCAGAUAUCAAAUAUUCAACAUGAUUCAACAUGAAUAGAGACCAGCGCAGAACGUUUCUAACUAAAAACCAACAUGAAAAAUUUUGAAAUCAAGAUAGCAAAGCUUUUAGCUAAUCGAUAACCAUCGCAUCGUUUCGAUCUUCAUCUAGCAUUGAGCGCGCUCGCUCCUGCGUAUUUAAAUCUCCGUUUAUUCCUGUCCAGUGUCGCGAAGGGCGCCGUGAUGGAACCAGAGGGAUGCGACUACAGGAGGAAGGGAGGCUCGGUCGACGACACCACCGCUCUCAUCCCCGCCAACC